AUGCCUUGGGAUCCGAAAUGGGAGGCGGAAGGAGCUGCCGGUAAUUCAGCAUCAGGCAGUGUUUCGGCCGACCUGGGUUAUGAGCAUGAAAAUGGCGAGGGGAGGGAGGAGGAUGAUUAUGAUGAUGGAGAGGAGGAAACCAACGGCCGUCGCAAUAAUCACCAACCACGACAAAAUGGGCGCACGGGUCAUGUGGAAGAUUUUCAGGACGAACAAGAAGAGGAAGAGGAGUGGGACGGGGAUCAAAUGGACGUCGACGAUGAACUACCUGAAGAACACCAACUAUUGGACCUCACACCACAACGAGAUUCCGACACCACCCCAAGACCAAAGCAAAGAGUCUUUGGACUAGCAGUACCGAUAUCCGAGCGAUUUCAAGUUAUUCUUCACUCUAGUCCCAAGAAAGUGGCCUACACAGUGAUAACACAGGAGGAGCUGUCCGCAGACGAACUCGUCACCCCAGAUGUUCUCCCUAGUUUGAGACCUCAUGGUUUUUACGGGACCGGUCAGCAAACACUCAAAUCAUCAAAAGUUAAUGAGAUUGAGCGUUCGGCCUCAAAUACCUCGGAGCCGACAGACGACACAACGCAAUCUAAGAAGCAGCGCGGCAGACCAAAAGGCUGGAGGCCAGGACAAGCAUACUCGACAUCAACGCCAGGAUCAACAACGUCUAAUAAGGUCAAGAAAUCCGUUGGGCGACCAUUAGGAUCAGGGAAAACUGGCAGGCCAUCAGGGAAGCUCAAGCCUGAGGGGGAGUCUCGAGGGAGACCAGGGCGGAAGCCAGCCCAGACCGCACGGGACCAGUACAAGAAACUCAAUCCGAAAUUUCCCGUCUUUAUAUGUGAAUGGGAGGGCUGCCCAGCCCAGCUUCACAAUCUGGAAACUCUUCGCAAGCAUAUUUUCAUUGUUCACGGCCAGCCAGAGGUUUCACCGGCGCCUUCAUCCUCUUCAUCAGCAGUAGCAGGACCAGACGAAAAGCACAGCGACGACGGCCUGAUAGUCUGCAAAUGGGCGAAAUGCAUUUCCUCGCCAACCCCCCGAUUUCAAGAUGAUUUUCGCACCCACGUCGAAGAAGUCCAUCUUGUACCGUUUGCCUGGCACUGCGGUGACGGACCGCAGAACACCUCUGUCAGCCCCAAGCCUGAAGUCAUGCUGCCGGCACUACCGAAAUAUUUAUUCGAUGAGGCAGGUCGACAAGUUACACCCUCAGUAGCAGAUCAACAACUCGAGACAGAUGAGGAUAAGAGGAGAAGGGUUUCAAAAAUAGCGGCCCUGACUGAGAAGGCUAAUGAGAACGCGCCAGACGAGCCGGAGUAUGAUGAGAAGCAGAUGGAGCUUAUUAUCGCAUUUAUGGAAAAGAGGAACUUGAGGCAAAGGGAACUGAAGAAGUAUGCGGAGUGGGUGACGGGGGAGGGUGUUAUCUUGCCCGUGGAGGAGAAAGAGGAGAGGGAUAAGUGGAGGGGGCGGAUGAGAUGA